AUGGAGGAUCCUCAAUCGCAACGUCCAAAGCAGGCCGCCUGUCUGGUCUGCCGCCGAAGCAAGAUCAAGUGCGACUACUCACCGCAUGAGAACAAAUGCAAGAGGUGCAUUCAGCUCGACUCUGAGUGCAUUCGCCCUACAUUCCAUGCUGGAAGGCAGAAAGGCAUCAAAAACAAGCGAAAGGGUCUAGAUAAAGCUCUCUACCAGAUAGAGCAGGCCAUCAAGAGAGCCCGAACCGGGGAACAGAACUCUGAAGAUGACAAGGCCAUCGGCAAUCUCCAGGCGCUCCUGGAGGGUCCUCGAAAUGCUCGGUCGACUACCGCCUCCGUUCACUUAGGACGGGGGUCGUCUCAGUUCAACAGUCCCGACCAACAACCCGACCUCUCAUCUGACGAUGAUGAUGAACUGGAUAACACUCCAGACAGCAAUGCUUACAUGAGUCUGCACCAUCACAACGAAGAGAGCCUAGCCAUCGACGAUGCCGAGAACCCGCUUCAAUUGCUGGCGCGAGCCUCCAACUUGCAGCUCUCGCCCAAGCCCAUCAGUGGCCUCUCGCCGAAGCAUCCUCCUCCGCGCUCCGGUCGCAAGAAGCAGCCACUGCAGCAGCAGCAGGCCGAGCAGCUCAAUGAGGAUCUGGAGAUGCAAUCUUUCUUCACCUCCGUCCGCGUCAACUUCGACGUCGGCGACGACAUCGACCCAAUCACGAUGGGUCUCGUCACCGAGGAAGAGGCGGAAUCGCUGUUCGCAUUCUUUCACAACAAGCUCGCCCAUACCCGCUGGGGUCUUGAUCCAAAGAUCUACACUCCAGGAUUCACCCGCGCAAGGUCUGCCUUCCUCUGCACUUCCAUCAUGGCAGCAUCUGCGCUAUUUCUCCCGUCCGCCGGAGCCUUGUCCAAGAGACUUCACAAUCACUGCAAGACCCUUGCCCAGCGAGUCCUGACCAAGCGCCACAAGUCCGUCGAAAUUGUUCUUGCCUUCAUGGUCAACGUCCCCUGGAUGUUCCCAGGCCAGCACAGCACUGACGACGAGACUUGUUGGUUCGUCAACAUGGCAGCUACUAUCGCCAUAGACCUGUCUCUACACAAGCUCCUAGUUCCGAUGGAAAUCAUCGGCUCUGGCUCAAACAUGGCAUUGACGCGCGGAGACUGCCUCGAUCCGCGUACGGCCUUGGCCAUGGACGGCUUCAGUCACAUCGAGUAUACAUCCGACUUGGGCCAGCGACUUCUUCGACGACGCGAGCGAUGCUGGAUUGCUCUGUUUGUCCUUGAACGAGGCAUGUCCCUUGCGCGCGGUCGACCAUACACUGUCCCUGUCACCCGAGUCAUCAAGGACUGCGAUCAAUGGCACAGAUCCAGCAUCGCAGAUCCCAUGGACGGCCACCUCGUAUCGAUGGCCGUCCUUCGCCGAGACCUCGACGGCUUGCUCGCCACAGUCCGCGCUCUGUGCGAUGGAUCACAGGGCAUUUCUACUGACGGAGGACUCAUUGCCCAGUCCAUUCAGAGUGCCAUCGAGAGAUUCUUUGACCAGUGGCUCACGGAAUGGGGGUUCUCUAUCGGCACAGGACCUCAGCGUCGCCUUCCCGCUUACGUUGAGAUUCUGGUCACACAUACACGACUAUCCACCUACGGCGGCGUCAUUAACCAUCCAACAGCCCCUAUGGAGGUCCGGCAGUUCUUCCGUACCGCCGGCCUUUCAUCCGCUGUUACGGUGAUGCGCGCAGUCAUUCAAGGAGAGGCCCAGCUACAAUCGAUCCCGAAUAACACCACUAUCAUGGUCUCCUUCGCCGCCUGCUUCGCCUUGACUCUGAGCGCCUACGCCACAGGCAGCUCGAACCUGGCGCCAAGCAUUCGGAACCUCAUCGAAGAGACGGCAGAUGUCUUGGAACGCAUUGGGUCGGCAACGAAGCAUAGAAAUGGUCUGUCUACAUUAUAUGGAAGAUACCUUCGACACAUCGUCAAGCAGGCUGCCACCGCAAUGGAUGGCCAGCCUCAGCCCCAGGUUCACGUGGAAACCCCUCUUCGCCGAAACAGCCAGCUUAGCACGCCAUCUUCUGCUGUUGCUGCCUCGCCUCAUAUGAACUCGAUGGGCCCGCCUGUCUCACAGCCACCUUACAUGGAAUCCCAGCUGUGGCCUGGGACUCUACAAUUCUCCACCAUGUCCGACGAUCAGAUUGCCGAGGUACUCAACCAACCCGGCAAUGAAUUUGAUCCCUCUUUCGCAGGCUUGUCCUGGGAGGACAUGAAUAACUUCGACUGGCUCAGCUGGCCCAACCUGACGGAAUUUGGCUUCUAA